AAAUGGACUCAUUUGUCAAUUAUGUGUCCGGAGGAUUAAUCCCGUAAAAGUUCUCAGUCGAUACUCGAUACCAAACGCUUCGCAGAAAUCGAGGAAAUUGGGGUUUUUGGAGAGGGUUUAGGAGUAAAAGCUGCGCGAAUUUCACAGAGAGAGACAACAAUGGCAGCUUCAAUCGGUGGAAGAUCAACACUUCUUCUUCGCAAUUUAUGCAACAAAACAACUUCACUGCGAUUCUCCAUUUCACCACCUUCAACAAGCUCUCCUUUUUUCCUCCGUCGCACUCCAAUUUCUCCUUCCUCAUCAUCAUCUUCAUUCAGAUUGCCUCGAGAAUUGUGCUCUCUUCUUCCGGCUCACAGCGCCAUUGCGUCGGCUUGUCUCGUUUCCAGGCUUCCCGAUGGACUUAACAGCUCCGCUGAAUGUAGAUUUGCCAACUAUAUCAGUCCCAUCUAGCAGGCUAGUCAACUGGGUGCUCCCUUGUGCAAGUAUAGGAGCUACUCUGUCUUUUCUUCUCUUCUAGUAGUAUUAAGGUAUCUUCAUAACAUCAUUUUUGUUUAAUUAUUUACCAUGAAAACUAAAAAGCUAGUUUAAGAUAUAUAUUCUGGCUAGAUUUUAAAUAGUGAGCAUUUCUGUACAUGGUCCAAUUUUGGUACAAGAAAUUUCACCUUGGAGAUAUAUACUACAAAAAUUUGAGGUAAAAUAUAUGCUUGAUUUUUUAUGGCUUCAAA